AUGGGAUCUCCUGGAAGUAACCAAGACAACGACCCCCGGUGGUACCCUGGAGGAUCCCCGGACACCCCAAGGUCCUCGGUCUCACCCCCGGAGACAGCCUCGGUGCCUACUACAGUGCCUGAACUGGAAGAUCAUAGGAAGUCGUGUGAACAGAGGGUGUUCGGAGCCAUGGCCAGUGGGUUCAUGAAGGGUCCCACUCUCCAGCCCAUGAUGUCCUCUCACCACCAGUUUCCCCCGGUGUCGGCCCUCUCGGGUCCCUUUGGCCUUCAUCACAUCGACUCCUCCGUCGGCUUCCCACCAGGUAUGGGUACGAGAAAACAGCGGCGAGAGAGGACGACGUUCACGAGAGCGCAGCUGGAUGUGCUGGAAGCGCUGUUCUUCAAGACGAGGUACCCGGACAUCUUCAUGCGAGAGGAAGUGGCUCUCAAGAUCAACCUUCCGGAGUCAAGAGUGCAGGUGUGGUUCAAGAACAGACGAGCCAAGUGUAGACAACAAGCGCAGACGAACCCAGGCCCGGCCGUCAGCUCCAAGCCCACCUCCCGGGUACCCAAGAGGAUAUCCAAGUCUCCCAGCCACAGUGACUCGCCAGGGGACAUCAAGCCGGAGCCGGACAGUCUCAAGAUGUUGAGCUCCUUGAAGGCCUGCAGUUCUCCGGUGACGUUCCCCGCGCCAGGGCGAGCGGCCUCGGGCACCCCCGCGGGCGGGAGCAGCGCACCCUCCUCCGGAACCACCCCCAGUCCACCUCUGACACCCGGGUACUCCCAGGAUGUCCCGCAAUACUACUGGGGUUCCUCAGGGUCUAACUACUCCCAGAACUACUACUACGGCCAUGAGUACUUCCCAGCGGGACCAUCCCAUCAUCAGAACAACACCCACCCCGGCUUCCACCACUACUAUCCUGCCAGCUCGGGCGGGUAUGAGUCGACGGGACACUACCAUCAACACUACCAACCUAGGUCGGACUGUAGUGCGGAGUAUUUAGGGUAGACGAACAUUAUGGUCUAGGCCUGAGGGUGCACUGACAGAGUUUCGUUUUGGAUAUCAACUUAAUGCGAUUUUUCCAUUCGAGUUCAAACAUUGUAAUCCUUCAA